GAGCGAUAUUACUUUACUUCGUUUGGUGGGUUAUACAACCUUAACGAGCAUCCCUUGCCACAAGAAAAGGGGAUGUCCGUCGUCGGAUUUAUAUUAUCAAUUGUAUCUAUUAAAUUUCCAAGUGUAACAUAUUGUCCCAUCUUACCCAACAUUGUCGGCUUAUUGUUGUCGUGUUGCUCUGUUGACGAGUCACUUGCCAUCACUAUUAAAUUGGUCGAACGGUCGUUCCUCACACAUACAAUAUUACCACUAUCGCCACGCGACUACAUCAAAGCGGGAUGCGAAUUGAUCACACAACUACGGUACAUGUUCCCUAAGAAGAGUUCCUUCAUCGACGAAUUUGCUCCAAACAGCUUUUUGGACCACUACACAAAUUUUUUAACCACUCAUGUCCCAUACGGCGGAUUGCUCUGCAUUUUCGACCAAUUUUUAGUCUCUGGUAUCCGGAGCAUAACUCGGUAUAUCCUCGCUGCUUGCAAAGUGGCUUCGGAUAUUAUUAAUGCGUCGAAAACUUCGAAUGAGAUGCUUGGUGCUAUCAACUAUGUUUUAUUUGCGUACCCAGACCCUGCGAGUCUCAUGCAAAGCGGGUUACAUUUUGAACCGACUAAAUUUCAGUUAGGUGCUGUUUUCCAGAGUGGAGAGAGUUUUGCGCCACUUAAGAUGUGUGUUGACUGCGUGGUUGUCACUUAUAACAUUUUUGAGUUGAUUUGGCAACAUAUUCCAGUGCACAGAAGAACAAUGAGUCCAAAGCUCUUGUUUAAUUCCAAAAGAGAUGGCGUGUCAAUGUUACAUUUGUUUAGAUUACUGAAGAACGAACAACCCCUUGUCUUUGUCAUACAAACAAAAGAAAAGAUAGUGGGGAUGUUUUUAUCACAUAGCAUUGUGUUUGGAUCGAAACCCUACUUUGGCAAUGGGGAGGACUUUGUCUUUAAAAUUGAAGGAAAUAAUGUGAUGAGUACAUUCCAUUGGACUAAGAAGAACAACAUGUUCUGUUCUAUAGCAGAGCAAGCAAUUAUGAUGGGUGGAGGUAAUGAAGGACCUGCUAUAUUAUUAAAACCGGAUUUUACUGUUAGCUCCUAUGCGUCCGAAACAUUUGGAAACCCUUGUUUCUUCGAGAACAUCAAUUCAGAGGUUGUGGUGUUCGAAGUGUUUUGUUUGGAAUAA